AGGCCGCUGCCCCCCCCCCCCCGCCUCCUCCGCUCCGCGCCCGGAGGGACCCGCGACUGCGCCCAACUUUGUGCGGGGCCGCCCUGUGUGGAGGAGCACUGAAGGGGCACAAUGAAGGCUUUCCUCCUCGCCCUCCUGGCCCAACUCUGCUCAGCAUCGCUGGUUCCUGAGAGGGAGAAGGACCCCGAGUACUGGAGGCAGCAGGCACAGGAGACGCUGCGGGAUGCACUGAGGCUGCAGCACCUCAACCAGAACGUGGCCAAGAACCUCAUCCUCUUUCUGGGCGACGGUAUGGGUGUCUCCACCGUGACGGCCGCACGCAUCCUCAAGGGCCAGCUGCAGCACCGCAAGGGCGAGGAGAGCCUGCUGGAGAUGGACAAGUUCCCAUAUGUCGCCCUGGCCAAGACCUACAACACCAACGCGCAGGUGCCUGACAGCGCGGGCACAGCCACCGCCUACCUCUGUGGCGUCAAAGCCAACGAGGGGACGGUGGGUGUCAGCGCCGGUGUCACCCGUGACCGCUGCAACACCACCAAGGGCCAGGAGGUGACCUCCAUCCUCCGUUGGGCUAAGGAUGAAGGCAAAGCUGUGGGCAUUGUCACCACCACGCGGGUGACCCACGCGACGCCCAGCGCUGCCUACGCGCACUCAGCCAACCGUGACUGGUACUCAGAUGGAGAGAUGCCCCUGGAUGCACUGGAGGGGGGCUGCAAAGACAUCGCCCGGCAGCUGGUGGAGAACAUCCCUGACAUAGAGGUGAUCCUGGGGGGUGGGCGCAAGUACAUGUUCCCCAAGAACACCAGCGACGUGGAGCACCCGCAGGAGGAGCGGCACCGCGGCACCCGCCUGGACGGCAAGGACCUGGUGCAGGCGUGGCACGACGCUAAGCCUGCGGGGAAGGUCGCCAAGUACGUAUGGCACCGGAGGGAGCUGCUGGCGCUGAACCUCAGCCGUGUUGACUUCCUCCUGGGUCUCUUUGAGCCGGGGGAUAUGGUGUACGAGCUGGACAGGAACAACGAGACCGACCCGUCGCUCAGCGAGAUGGUGGCCGUGGCCAUAAGGAUGCUGCAGAAAAACCCGCGGGGCUUCUUCCUGCUGGUGGAAGGCGGCCGCAUCGACCACGGGCACCACGAGGGGAAGGCCAAGCAGGCGCUGCACGAGGCGGUGGAGCUGGACCGCGCCGUGGGGCUGGCGGGGCGCCUCACCUCCCAGCACGACACGCUCAGCGUCGUCACCGCCGACCACUCGCACGUCUUCACCUUCGGCGGUUACACCCCGCGAGGGAACCCCAUUUUCGGGCUGGCCCCGAUGCAGAGCGACGUGGACCGCAAACCCUUCACCUCCAUCCUGUACGGCAACGGCCCCGGCUAUAAGAUCGUGGGGGGCGAACGCGAGAACGUCUCCGCCGUGGAUUUCGCUCACGCCAACUACCAGGCGCAGGCGGCCGUCCCGCUGCGGCAGGAGACGCACGGCGGUGAGGACGUGGCGGUGUUCGCCCGCGGCCCCAUGGCGCAUCUCCUGCACGGCGUGCACGAACAGAACUACAUCCCCCACGCCAUGGCCUACGCCGCCUGCAUCGGCACCAACCGCGCGCACUGCAGCUCCGCCUCCCGCCCCGCCGCCACCGCCUCGCUCCUGCCCGUCCUCCUCCUCCUCCUCCUCCUCCUCCUCUGCUAAAGCGAAACGGCUUUGGGGAGGGGGAAGUGAGGGGGGGGAGGGUGAUGGAGAGGAGUGGUUUUCUUUUUAGGGGGGGGAAGAGAGAAAAGAAAGACCGGGGCGCAGCAAAGCAAAGCAGCGCCGGCGGUUUCGGUGCCGCCGCGGCGCGCUGGGCUGUGCCCCUGUAAAUACACCCUUCCUCCCCUGUCA